AUGGCGUCGAACGACAACAAAUUCGAAGGCUGGGUUGCGUUAGACAAGAAUGCUGCCGAGGGCCAGAUGGUCUGGCAAACCUACGAGCCCAAAGCUUGGGAAGAGACCGACAUUGAUAUCCAAAUCACGCAUUGCGGAAUUUGCGGUACAGAUAUCCACCAACUUCGAUCAGGAUGGGGCGAGACAGCUUAUCCCGUAGUUGUCGGCCAUGAGUUGGUUGGCAUAACUGUCCGAGUUGGCAAAGAAGCAGCAAAGACAGGCAUCAAAGUCGGCGAUCGAGUUGGAGUUGGAGCACAAAAUGAUUCUUGCCAGUGCCGCAAGCCCCCCCAGAUCCGCGAGGAUCACUCAGACUGCGACGCCUGUGCAGCCGGCAAUGAGGUAUAUUGCCCGAAUAUGACGUUAACAUAUGGUGCCCAAUAUCUCACCCCCGCUGGUGGAAAGAGUAUGGGCGGCUACGCUCGCUACCACCCACCAAUGAUGUGUGCUGGCCUUACCGUCUUCUCGCCACUUGCUCACUUUGGAGCUCGCGGCAAUGACCAGGGUCCUCUUGAGCAGAGGCUUAAGGGGAUGAACGUUGGUGUGAUUGGAAUUGGUGGUGUGGGCCACUUCGCUCUCCUAUUUGCCAAGGCCAUGGGCGCUGACCGUGUCGUGGCACUCUCUCGUCGUGCCGAUAAGCGCAAAGAUGCUCUAGCCCUUGGAGCUGAUGAGUAUAUUGCUACGGCAGAGGACGAGGGGUGGGAGAAGAAGUAUGCUAGCUCGCUGGACUUGAUCCUCUGUGCCGUGUCAAGUUCUAACAUGCCACUAACCGACUACAUCAACCUGCUGAAGCGUGAUGGCACCUUCUGCCAGCUCGGCCUACCGGACGAUGGCCUUUUUAGGGUUGGGGCAGGGCCGAUAGCUUCACAACGUCGGAAGUUAACCGGAAGUUUCAUGGGCUCGCCACACGAAAUUCGGGCGAUGCUCCAGCUCGCUGCUGACAAGGGUAUAAAGCCGUGGGUUGAGCAGUGGCCUAUGAGCGAGGCAAACCGCGCCAUUGUUGACAUGGAGAAAGGAAAGGCAAAAUACCGCUACGUAUUGGCUAAUGAUCAUCAGGUGUAG